AUGAAAUUGUUUUUCUCGUUUUAGAAAAUGUCGGUAAAUGGACUUCUUAAACUGCGAUCAAACGUCGUGAAAUCGUUUUUUAGAACGUACAAAGCUUCUGGCAUUCCGGAAUUAACACAGGUGCGACACAAUGUGAAGCGCGGUAAUUAUGCCAAUUUAGAAAGCAAGGAUGUGGCUUUCUUCGAAUCAAUUGUUGGCAAGAAUCAUAUGGUUCAAGAAGACUUGCAGGGUUACAAUGUCGAUUUUUUGCGAAGUGUGCGGGGUGAUAGUCAACUUGUGCUGCGACCCAGCUCCACUCAGGAGGUAUCCGCCAUACUGAAGUACUGCAAUGAACGGAAAUUGGCGGUUUGUCCGCAGGGCGGUAACACUGGCUUGGUAGGUGGUUCGGUGCCGGUUUGUGAUGAAAUUGUGAUUUCUUUGGCGCGACUCGACAAGAUUCUACACAUCGAUGAGAUCACUGGUAUAGCGGCGUGUGAAGCCGGUUGCAUACUGGAGAAUUUGGAUUUGAAAGCGAGAGAAUUGGGAUUAGUAGUGCCGCUCGAUUUAGGCGCCAAGUCAAGCUGUCACAUUGGCGGUAAUGUAUCUACAAAUGCUGGGGGAUUGCGUGUAUUGCGUUAUGGUAAUCUGCAUGGCAUCGUAUUGGGAGUGGAAGCGGUUCUAGCUAGUGGCGAGAUACUCGAUCUCAUGUCUGACUUCAAAAAGGACAAUACAGGCUAUCAUUUGAAGCAUCUCUUUAUUGGUUCUGAAGGCACACUGGGCGUGGUGACCAAAGUCUCUAUGUUGUGUGCGCCGCAACCACAAGCACAGCAUGUAGCGUUUUUGGGUGUGCCCUCCUUCGAUGAUGUUCUCAAAACUUUCCGCCACUCCAGGCAAUUUUUGGGUGAAAUCCUUUCCUCCUGCGAAAUGAUCGACGCCGCUUCCUUAGAUGCCAGUGUAAACCACUUCAAACUCAAUUCACCAAUCGAAGGCUAUCCAUUUUACAUGCUAAUUGAGACUUCCGGCAGCAAUGCUGAACAUGAUAUGGAAAAAUUUAAUCGCUUUCUUGAAAAUGGCAUGGAGAAAGGACACAUUAUUGAUGGCACUAUAACAGCGGAGGUGGGUAAAAUGCAAGAGAUCUGGAAGUUACGUGAACUGGUGCCGGUUGCGCUUGUAGAAGAUGGCUUCUGUUUCAAAUAUGACAUCUCUUUGCCAUUGCGUGAGUUUUAUCAUAUUGUUGAUGUGAUGAAAGAACGCGUAGGUGGUUUGGCGACACGCGUUUGCGGUUAUGGACAUUUGGGCGAUUCCAAUUUGCAUCUGAAUAUCUGUUGUCCAGAGUUUACACAAGAAAUCUAUAAAUGCAUUGAACCCUUCGUCUACGAGUAUACAGCGCAGGUUAAGGGUAGUAUUAGCGCUGAGCAUGGCAUUGGUUUUCUAAAAAAAGAAUAUCUGAAAUACAGUAAAAGUCCAGCUGCCAUUGCCAAGAUGCGUGAGAUGAAAAAACUUUUGGAUCCCAAUGGCAUCUUGAACCCGUAUAAGGUGCUAAAUUAAAAAGUAAUCGAGGACUAAGAUUUAUGUGUAGAUAUGAAUAUACAUACAAAAACAUAUAUGGGGCAAAAUUCGCCAAGUGGACCAGGAAAAUAAAUUUAUGGCAUCAUUUCGAUCAAGUAAAGGAUUUGUAUUAGUAAAAGAUAUUAAAUUUGCUAUCAACUGCUUCAACAACAAAACAAGAAAUUUAGGAAAAACUUGUAGUCCCUUUGCCACGCCCAAUACAAAUUAUAUAUCGUUGGAAAGCUUAGAAAGUAAGCUAUCGAAAUAAGCUGUUUGUGAAAAAAAA